UUUUUCCUUUAGGGCUUCUCUAUAUAAAUAUAUACCUUUUUCCUUCACAUUCACCCAAAGUUGAAAAGAAGAAGCAGAAGUUUAAAGGAGAGAAAGGUUUGAUCUUUUUAGGAGUUCAAAAACCAUUCAAGUAAAAGAUUUCCCAUUUCAGGUUUUAGGGUUUGGUUCUCCCAGUUGAAGGAUUGGUCUUCUUCAUAGCAAAACCCUAAUUCAAGAUUGGUCUUCUUGUCCUGAUUUCAGACCCGAAUUCAAGAGGAUGACGAACACAAACGUUGCUAGAAUGGGAAGAUUGCGAAGUCGUAGCAAGUGUGAGCAGGAGAGAAGACGUGAGGAAGCCAUUUUGCCCAGCUCAUCUGCUCAAAUGGACAUGUUAGCGUGGUGGAAAGGACUUGCCUUGGACCCUUACAAUCGACAUGCAUCGAAGGAUUCAUUUCGGAAAAUACGGAAUCAGAGUCUCAAAGUGCGGAAAUUGAUUCGUUCAUGUAAUGUAGAAUAUCCUCCGAGAAAGAGGAGAUUUGAACAGUUUAUAGGAGGUACUAAGUUGACAACUGCUUCUACAUUGGCUCCAGAGGAAUCUGAUAAUCAAAAUGUCAAAAAAUUGGGAAAUACCCAAAUUUCUUCUGUUUCGAGCUUGCUCAAUUCAGGUGACAAAACUGAAAGUCAUAAGCAGCAAGUUGUCUUUAACUCACACAGUUCAUGCAGUACACUGACUUUUGAGGAUAGCUUUAAAGAGAAGCGUGUGAAUACUGAUAUUACCUCUCUGGAUGGAACAAAAUGCAGUUCCGUAAGCAAGGAUUAUCCUUUAAAUGAUGGUCCUAGAUUCAUCCAAAAAAAGAAAGACUGUCUUAGAUUCGUUAAUGGUCCAAGCCGACCGAGCUCAACCACCCAGGAUGCACCACAGUCAAAUUUCAUUGAUUUGGUUCACAGUUCAGAUUCCUCAAGCUCAGAGGAACCAAAUCCGAAAUUUCAACGAGCAUUGGGGAUCAUCGAUAGUUUUCAAAACCCUGUAGCCGUGGCAGAUUUCAUUGAUUCAGCAAUGAGGAUGAUUUCUAGGUGUGAUCAUUUCUGUAGACCUGUUAUUCCCAUUGGUCCCAAGUUUCAGGCUGAAAUUCCAGAGUGGACAUGCCUAGAAAAGAGGAAGAAUCUUUAUGGUGAUGAUGAUGAUUCAGAAAAUUUGAAGUGGUUGGGCACCCGAAUUUGGCCCAUGGAAGGUAGGAAUACAGAAACCACCGUGAAAGCAGUUGGGAAAGGGAGACAUGACGCGUGCUAUUGUGUCUCCCCUGGAUCUGCUGAUUGCGUUAAACGCCAUGUUCUUAAAGAAAGGCUCCGUUUGCAAUCCGAUAUUGGCGCUGCUUUCCGAUGUUGGAAGUUUGAUGAGAUGGGGGAAGAAGCCGUUUCGAAGUCAUGGACAUUGGAAGAACAAAGCAGAUUUGAAUCUCUUGUGAAAGUGAAUCCACCGUGUAAGGAAGCCAACUUUUGGGAGCUAGCCUUGAAGUGUUUUCCAUCAAAGUCCAAGAAAAGCAUUUUAAGUUAUUACUUCAACGUAUUUAUACCUAGACGUAUGAGCCUGCGGAGCAAAUCUUCCCUAGAAACAUUUGACAGUUCAGAUUCCUCAAGCUUAGAGGAACCAAAUCCGAAAUUUCAACGAGCACUAGGGAUCAUUGAUGGCAUUCAAAACCCUGUAGCCGUGGCAGAUUUCAUUGAUUCAGCAAUGAGGAUGAUUUCUAGCGGUGAUCAUUUCUGUAGACCUGUUAUUCCCAUUGGUCCCAAGUUUCAGGCUGAAAUUCCAGAGUGGACAUGCCUAGAAAAGAGGAAGAAUCUUUAUGGUGGUGAUGAUGAUUCAGAAAAUUUAAAGUGGUUGGGCACCCGAAUUUGGCCCAUGGAAGGUAGGAAUACAGAAACCACUGUGAAAGCAGUUGGGAAAGGGAGACAUGACGCUUGCUCUUGUGUCUCCCCUGGAUCUGCUGAUUGCGUUAAACGCCAUGUUCUUAAAGAAAGGCUCCGUUUGCAAUCCGAUAUUGGUGCUGCUUUCCGAUGUUGGAAGUUUGAUGAGAUGGGAGAAGAAGCCGUUUCGAAGUCAUGGACCUUGGAAGAACAAAGCAGAUUUGAAUCUCUUGUAAAAGUGAAUCCACUGUGGAAGGUAGCCAACUUUUGGGAGCUAGCCUUGAAGCGUUUUCCAUCAAAGUCCAUGAAAAGUAUUUUGAGUUAUUACUUCAACGUGUUUAUUCCUAGACGUAUGAGCCUGCAGAGCAAAUCUUCCCUUGAAACAUUUGACAGUGACGAUGACCAGGCUGAUGACGAGGUACCGGUUGAGGAAUAACAUGACUUUUUGUAAAUGAUGUAAAGCUAGGAUUAUCCCACAUAUUCGAAUACUCUACACUCGCGUUGGCCUUGUCUGUAGAUAUCAUCCCUCGAGUUGUGCUCAAGGGUCUUUCUGGUAGGCUGAUCAUUAGGCUGGUGUGGUGUGAUUUUGGAUCAAAAGUUUUGGUAGAAUUUGUAUUUACACCUGAUAUAAAGCAUUGAUAAUAUAAGAUGAAAAUUAAGGCUUUGUUU